AUGGGUCUCACUGAGGAGGUGCGGCCAGGUGACGAACUGGUCAUCUCAGCUGACCCAAAUCAUCCGGCAAACCUCAUCCCUCGGUUAUGCAAGCAGUUCUACACACUAGGGUGGGUGACGGGGACUGGCGGAGGUACCAGCAUCAAGCAGGGUGAACAUGUUUUCAUCGCCCCGUCAGGUGUACAGAAGGAGCUAAUGGAGCCCGAAAAUAUCUUCGUGCUGUCUUGGCCGACGCCGAAGUACCCUCCUGAGGCGCGCACUUAUAUUCGCAAACCUUUGGAGUUGAAGCCUUCGGCGUGCACUCCUCUGUUCUUGUCGGCCUUCGAGCAAGGAGCCGGCUGCUGCAUACACACGCAUUCGCAGUGGGCGGUACUGGUAACUCUGUUGGUGGAACAGAAGUUUGGCCAGAACGCUUGCUUCGAGAUUAGCACAAUCGAACAGAUCAAGGGCAUCCCAGCUGGAAAGGGAAAGGGUAUGCUAGGAUAUCAUGACACUCUACGGAUACCAAUCAUCGAAAACACUCCCUUUGAGGAAGACCUGACGGGUAGCCUCGAGAGGGCGAUGCAGCAGCAUCCGGACACGUACGCCGUCCUUGUGAGGAGGCAUGGCAUCUACGCUUGGGGCGACAAUUGGGUCAAGGCGAAGACACAGUGCGAGAGUCUGGACUAUAUCUUCCAACUCGCAGUGGAGAUGCACAAGCUAGGGCUGCCUUGGCUGCCAUGA